AUGGUGACCACAGCAAAGGUUUCAUUACCAUUAUCUUUUUCACGGUGGAUCGCAUCAUGUUUUAGAUCGAUCACCCCGGUCCAGGUUCCUUUAGCGGGCCGCUUGCAACUAGGGGCGUCCUGCCGACAAUACAACCAUGCGGCUGUGUGGCCCUCAUAUGGUAUCACUACGCCCGUUCCUGGCCACCACAAGAGCCUCGCCCAUUCGCCAUUUCGUUUUGAGACGGGCUACGCCCUAUGUGCCAAACGGCCUUCCCGCCCGUUCCCCCCACCCUUUUUGUCUCCGCCUUCGUCUUCCUUUUCCGACCCCUUGACUACUCACUCCCUGAGUCAGGAUAAGAGAUUAUCCGUUCAAGGAGAGCCGAUUCGUGGCUUGAAUAACGGAGAUGAUGCUAUUCUAGUCUCUGAGAACUUCCUUGGCGUCGAUGAUGGCGUAGGCGCUUGGGCUACAAGGCCCAAUGGCCAUGCAGCGCUUUGGUCUAGACUCCUGUUACACUUCUGGGCUCUUGAAAUUGAACGUCGUCUCUGCGCCACAGCUACCACCGUCGACCCAGUUGAAUAUCUACAGUCCGCCUAUGAGGAAACUGUACGCGCUACGACCCAACCAACAGAAUGGAUGGGAACCACCACAUCGGCUACUGCGCUACUACAUUGGACAAAGGGACCCGAUGGUACUCAAACACCCAUGCUCUAUGUGACUAAUCUGGGCGACUGUAAGAUCCUGGUGAUCCGGCCCAGCGAAGAGACAGUUCUCUUCCGCACAAAGGAACAGUGGCACUGGUUUGACUGUCCCAUGCAGUUGGGUACCAAUAGUGUCGACACUCCUCGCAAAGAUGCAGUGAUGAGCAAGGUUGCUCUGAAAGAAGACGAUAUUGUCUUAGCUGUGUCGGAUGGUGUCAUGGAUAAUCUGUGGGAGCAUGAAGUCUUGCAGAUUAUUCUCGAUAGCCUCAAGAAAUGGGACCAGGGAGUCCCUAACAAAGGGGAAUUUGAAACUCCUCCAGACCUUUCAAACGAUCGCAUGGUCUAUGUCGCUCGCGAGUUGCUGAAUGCCGCGCUGGCUGUCGCCCAAGAUCCCUUUACCGAGAGCCCAUACAUGGAGAAGGCUAUCGAUGAAGGUCUUGCGAUUGAGGGAGGAAAAAUGGACGACAUCUCUGUUGUGGUUGCGUCUUGUCAGAAACGACCAGGGUGA